AUGGAGGAGAGGGUGGAUGUGGCGGUUGUGGGGUGGAGGAUAUGGGUGAGAGUCGGCGUUGUUUGGGGAGGUGAGAGGUCGAGGUUGCGGGUAUGGGGUGGAGGAGGCGGCUAUGGGGUAGAAGAGAGAGGUGGAGGCGGUGGCUUUAAAUAUCUCAAACUUAUAACUCAGUUCUCUUUAGUUUGUGGAUAUAAUAAAUUAUCCAUAUAUCGAAUAUGCAGGCAUGAAUCACAAUUCAUCAAAAAAGUUGUCGAUACAAUUUUGGAUAGGCUCUUCGCGUUAAAUUCAUGUGUAGAUGAAUGUCUUGUUGGAAUGAGGACUCGCUUCCAAGGUUUGAAAUCAUUAUUAGACAUUGGAUCAGGUUGUGUGCGUAUGGUUGGGAUAUGGGGGGUUGGGGGCGGUGGUAAGACUACUCUUGCUACUUCCGUUUAUAUGGAAAUGUCUCAACAUUUUCAAGGUCACUGUAUUUUGGAGAAUGUUAGAGAGGAUACAAGCAAACAUGGCUUAAAGAAACUACAAGAGAAUAUUUUAUCAUCUCUUUUCAAGAAAGAAGUGAACGUCUAUAGUCUUAUCGAAGGAAAACACAAGAUGAAAAGUAUGUUAUGUUGUAGAAAAGUGUUGGUAGUUCUUGAUGAUGUCGAUGAACUUGGCCAACUAGAGGCGUUAGCUGGAAAACAUAAUUGGUUUGGUAGUGGAAGCAGAAUAAUAAUCACAACUAGAGAUGAACAUUUGCUAAGAACCCAUAGGGUAGACCACGUCUAUCCUAUCGCAUUAUUAUCGAAUGAUGAUGCUACUCAACUCUUUAAAAGGCAUGCAUAUAACGAAAAAGAGCCUAUAGAAGAUUAUGAUAAAUUUUCUCUACGUGCAGUAUCUUAUGCUUCUGGGCACCCCUUGUCACUUAAAGUUUUAGGUUCUUUUCUGUAUGACAAAAAUAAGAACGAGUGGAUUAGUGCCUUGGAAAAGCUAAAAGACAUCCCAAAUCCAAAUGUCAUGAACAUAAUCAAAACUAGUUAUGAUGGACUUGAAUCUUACGAGAAAGAGUUAUUCUUAGAUAUUGCAUGUUUCUUUAGACGGUGGAACGCGGAUAGGGUAGUUCAGAUACUUGAGGCUUCUGGUUUUCACCCUAAGAUUGGGAUGAAGGUGUUAAUACAAAAAGCUCUUAUAACAAUUGUGGAUGACAUCAUUGAUAUGCAUGAUGUACUAGAAGAAAUGGGACACUACAUUGUCAGAGGGGAACAUCCGAACAAUCCUGAAAAACAUAGUAGACUCUGGAUAGAUAAAGAAAUUAAAGAAUUGUGUUUUAAGGAUGAAAGAAUGGAAUACGACAAGACUGAAGCCAUAAUCUAUGCAGGUGAAGAUGGUACGUCAUGCUUAUGUAAGAUUGUGUCAAAGAUGAAGAAACUGAGGCUCCUUUGUGUGACUACACUUGAUGAUCUCGAGAAUGUCGAAGGGACUAAUUUUCUUUCAAAUGAAUUGCAAUACAUUUCCUGGUUUAAUUAUCCUGCCAGUCCAUUUCCAGACAAUUUUCAACCAAUGAAGCUUGCUGUUCUAGAAUUGUCUUACAACAAGCAAAAAGAACUUUGGAAGGGUUAUAAGGUAAUUCAUUAUAGUUUUUUGCUUAAAGUAUUUUUAGCUUUUUUUUUAACAAUGGAAAACUUUAUACAUAAACAUAAUCAUAUACAACAUUUGAAAUUUUUUAGUUUGUUAUAAAUAAAUAGUUUAGUUAUAAAUGAAAAGUAGAAACUACCAAAGAUGUAUAAACAUUUCUUUUUUAAAAACUAACCUAUGG